GCCGACAGAGAGACGGAGAAAAACUCACAUUUUAGCAACAUCUGUAGGUACUUGUAUUUAUACAGGGAGUGUACAAAACAUUAGGAACACCUGCUCUUUCCAUGACAGACUGACCUGGUGACAGUUAUGAUUCCAUAUAUAUGGAUUGUGUGUGUGCGCCAUUCAGAGGGUGAAUGGGUAAAACAAAAGAUUUCGGUGCCUUUGAACAGGGCACGGCGGUAGGUGUCUUUGAACAGGGCACGGCGGUAGGUGCCUUUGAACAGGGCACGGCGGUAGGUGUCUUUGAACAGGGCACGGCGGUAGGUGUCUUUGAACAGGGCACGGCGGUAGGUGCCUUUGAACAGGGUACGGCGGUAGGUGCCUGUGAACAGGGUACGGAGGUAGGUGCCUGUGAACAGGGUACGGCGGUAGGUGCCUGUGAACAGGGUACGGCGGUAGGUGCCUGUGAACAGGGUACGGCGGUAGGUGCCUGUGAACAGGGUACGGCGGUAGGUGCCUGUGAACAGGGUACGGCGGUAGGUGCCUGUGAACAGGGUACGGCGGUAGGUGCCUGUGAACAGGGUACGGCGGUAGGUGCCUGUGAACAGGGUGUGGCGGUAGGUGCCUGUGAACAGGGUGUGGCGGUAGGUGCCUGUGAACAGGGUGUGGCGGUAGGUGCCUGUGAACAGGGUGUGGCGGUAGGUGCCUGUGAACAGGGUGUGGCGGUAGGUGCCUGUGAACAGGGUGUGGUGGUAGGUGCCUGUGAACAGGGUGUGGUAGUAGGUGCCUGUGAACAGGGUGUGGUAGUAGGUGCCUGUGAACAGGGUGUGGUAGUAGGUGCCUGUGAACAGGGUGUGGUAGUAGGUGCCUGUGAACAGGGUAUGGUAGUAGGUGCCUGUGAACAGGGUAUGGUAGUAGGUGCCUGUGAACAGGGUAUGGUAGUAGGUGCCUGUGAACAGGGUAUGGUAGUAGGUGCCUGUGAACAGGGUAUGGUAGUAGGUGCCUGUGAACAGGGUGUGGUAGUAGGUGCCUGUGAACAGGGUAUGGUAGUAGGUGCCUGUGAACAGGGUAUGGUAGUAGGUGCCUGUGAACAGAGUAUGGUAGUAGGUGCCUGUGAACAGGGUAUGGUAGUAGGUGCCUGUGAACAGGGUAUGGUAGUAGGUGCCUGUGAACAGGGUAUGGUAGUAGGUGCCUGUGAACAGGGUAUGGUAGUAGGUGCCUGUGAACAGGGUAUGGUAGUAGGUGCCUGUGAACAGGGUAUGGUAGUAGGUGCCUGUGAACAGGGUAUGGUAGUAGGUGCCUGUGAACAGGGUAUGGUAGUAGGUGCCUGUGAACAGGGUAUGGUAGUAGGUGCCUGUGAACAGGGUGUGGUAGUAGGUGCCUGUGAACAGGGUGUGGUAGUAGGUGCCUGUGAACAGGGUAUGGUAGUAGGUGCCUGUGAACAGAGUAUGGUAGUAGGUGCCUGUGAACAGGGUAUGGUAGUAGGUGCCUGUGAACAGGGUAUGGUAGUAGGUGCCUGUGAACAGGGUAUGGUAGUAGGUGCCUGUGAACAGGGUGUGGUAGUAGGUGCCUGUGAACAGGGUGUGGUAGUAGGUGCCUGUGAACAGGGUGUGGUAGUAGGUGCCUGUGAACAGAGUAUGGUAGUAGGUGCCUGUGAACAGGGUGUGGUAGUAGGUGCCUGUGAACAGAGUAUGGUAGUAGGUGACAGGCGCAGUGUAUCAAGAACUGCAGCACUGCUGUUUUUUGUUUUUUACACUGUUUCCUGUGUGUAUGAAGAAGGGUCCACCACCCAAAGGACAUCCAGCCAACAAGACAACUGUGAGAAGCAUUGGAGUCAACAUGGGCCAGCAUCCCUGUGGAACGCUUUCCACACCUUGUAGUCCAUGCCCUGAUGAAUUGAGGCUGUUCAAUAUUAGUAAGGUGUUUAGUACCCUCAGUGUAUGUCUCUGUGUGAGAGAUAG